AUGGGCGCAAAGGCGAGCACCGCAAACGGAGGCCAGAGUCCGCGAGCUAGAACAUUUUCUACGAGCUCGAGUUCGGAUGUGGUGUCCGGGGGGGCCGGGUUCAGCCUGCUCCGGGCCAUACCAGGUAUCCAAGUGUCGAAUGAUAGACAGCGCGCGAGAUCUUUAUCGUCAGUGCCGGAUUUGCACGCAUCUCACGAAGCCAUUGCGAUUCCACCGAACUCUCAGAGCUACGAGGUGUCUGCGGCCGCCAGUCCCGACACGGACUCCAGCUCCAAUGAGGAGGCUCCCGUAGCCAGCACCUCGCUGGCCCUCGGCCGGGUGUACGCCGCGCAUUCUCUGCCUUCACAUAUUUGGUCCAUAAAUGGCAAGUGUGCAUUUUAUUCUAUUACAAUAAGAACAAACCAUUUGUCUCAUUAUUUACGUUUUGUUUGA